GUUGAAGGUUUCUGAAUCUUCAUUUUAAAUCAGUUGACUCUUUAGUUUUAACAGUUAACGAUUAAAGUUUAACAAAAUUUAAUAUUAACUUGUAAUUUUGACUGAAUGAAAACUAAUGAAAUGUGGAAAUUAUCAAAAAAGAUUUCAGUUCAUCUUAAAUUGUGGUCUUAUAAACAUGUCAACAUCAAUAUAUAAUCUAUUACAUGUUAACAUUUAGUGUCACCAAUUGUUUGCCUUCCAUCAAUAAGUCUUCAAUUUUCAAUUUGUUGGUUUAAUCUAAAUCAAUCUAUGCUUGUUAAGUUACGUUAAGUUAAGGAUUAUAAACCUAAUAUUCACCAUCACCGACAAUAAUAACCAAUAAUUCGGAUACAAUUUGGAUACAAAUAGGAAUUAAUUCGUUUUAUAUUCGGUUAACCUUUAACGUGUGUUCCAAUUUAGACAAGACAAAGUAAAAUUAUUUUCAAAUUUUCACCAAAGGAAACAUUCAAUUAUCAAAGAUGAACUCCAACACUGGUUAUUGUAUGCUUUUGGGCAUAAGUUUACUAUUAACUCCAGAAGUACAUAGUGAUGAUUGGCCAAAAGAUCGUCGGUUUAAAAACUCUCGUCGAGCUUCAGAUGAUUUUGAGCUGUACCGCAGUCAACAUAAUCAUCAUAAUCACCGAGGACAUCACCAUCAACAUCAUAAGUUAUAUUCCGAGGGUUAUACAAAUUUGGAUACUUCAAAUAAAACGUUUAUACCAGGGGAAGAGUUUCUUGUCACCAAAAGUGCUCAUUCAAGUGGUUUACCAACACAUUUACCUUUGAAGGUUUCUCAUUCUAGUGAUCAAAGUAAAUUAAGUGUAAAAAAUAUUUCAUUAACGCCAUCAACUUUACCAACUCCAUCAAGAUUAGUGAAUUCGGGUGAACUUAACCAUUUACAAAGUAAUGACGAGGCACAGAAAAGGACAUCUUCAGACGCAAGUUAUGAAGAGGAUGAACGUCGCAUUUCAUUUGCAAGCCGAGUAACCUCAAAUGUGCACAAAGGACCAUCUUAUGAAUCGUUUUCAUCGCCCUCAUCAAUCUCAUCUGGAUCUUUAUCGAUUGGUCAAGGGUCUAAAAAAGGGCCAAUUUCAGGUUACACUUUUAAUGGAUCCAAGAGUGGUUCAAGUAAUAGUGUUAAACAACAUAUGAAACCAGCAAUAACCAAAAUCAGCUUAUCACUUGGAGUUGGCAAUGGCGGCAAUAGUAACAAUAAAAAUACUAACGAUAAUAAUAAUGAUAAUAAUAAUGCAAAUACUGAUGAAGGUCUCGGUGUUGGAAGUAUUACCUUCACUAAUAGUGGACAAUCAAGUGACUUUUUCAGUAAUCAUAAUUCAAAUGGUAAAAAGAGUACAAUCAUUGGCGAUGGACAAUCAAAUGAGGUUAAAGUAAAUUCACUUGCUGCUGGGUCAACAGGUGAUUCAGAUGAUUUGUAUGGAUCAUCAUCGGAUAAACCUAAUAAGGCUAGCAUAAUGUCUUCAGCAUUAAAUGUUAUUGGCGGUAAUGAUGAUAAUACUCAACUGGCUCACUCAAUUUUACUGGUUCAAAGGCCUAAAAAUCGACCUAAACCUGGUAAUGUUUAUUAUUGGGAUAAUACAAUGUUUACUGAUAAUUCAGAAUCAAGUGCAUCAAAUAGUGAUUCUUUACCAGCAAGUGUACCUUCAACAACAACAACAACGACAACAACCACAACCACAUCAACUACAACUGUUGAUCCACUGUCUAUUAUAUCAUCAUCAAGUGAAACUCUUUACAGCAAUCAUCGACCAGCAAUUAAAGCAAAUAAAACCCGACCUUGGCUCAGACCAACCAGUACUGUUAAACGUAAAAAACCUUCAAAUGUUUCUCUGGUAACAAGUGCAAGUUCACCCGAUUUAUCAAUGAUGCCUCGAACCACGGGUCAACCAUUUCCAUUUUUUGACGAUGAAGUUCCCAUUUUAAUGAGCAAUAACCAUCGAAAGUUUCCUUAUACUUUAACCACUCGCAACAAAUUAUCAUCAGAUUAUGCCAGUUAUUGGACAACACCAUCGACCACAGCAUUGUACAAUGACUAUUCAAUGUUUCAAAAAUUACCAACCAAAUUGCCACCCAAUCGUCGUAGAUCAACGACAACCACUACAACCCCCAGUCCUGCUAUGAUAAUGGGCAAUAAGCCACCUCUCAAAGUGACUCAUGUAAUUGCUUCAAAAAACAAGGAACCCGAUGAGGUUAAAUCGAGUAUUUUAACGGUUCUUGAUCCACACGGUGGUUCAGCUCAUUUACCACCAAAUACUUCGAUUGUUCAUCGAAAUGUUUUGGUACCUUACAGACCAGGUCGACCCAAACCAUCUCCAGCAUCAACAACUCAAUAUCCAAUCUAUCCAAUAUUGGCUGGUAUCACAAAUUGGCCCAUUCAAAACAACUAUUCAAAUAAUAUCAAUAAUAACAACAAUUUAAAUGAUAUGACAGUGAGCUGGCAAUGGGAUGAUGCUGAUACUUAUUCAGGUACUACAGUUGCUCCAUUCACUGCUGGAAAUGAUCCGACUAGUAAAAGCCCCAUUGAAUUUUUGGACCCAAUACCGGUUUCAUCGAUAAACCGGCCAACAAUAGCAAUAAUUGGUUCCAGGCCAGGGGGCUUUGGAUCUUUUAGACCAACUCCGACAACCAUAAUAACAUCAUCUCCAUCUGUAUCCUCAUCAUCAUCCUCAUCUCUAGGUUCAAUUCCUACCCCAGCACAAUCUUUUAUACUCUCCGAUGUCCAAUCACAACACCAGCAACAACAACAACACUUUUCUCACUCAACUCCUUCAACUACUCAGCAUGUAAUCUCAGUCACUCCAAUUGGUUCCAAUACUGGUCAUGUAAUAUCAUCAUCACCUAAUACUUCUACUGGUCAAAAACAACAACACAUUUUUGGUGAAGUUAUUCACUCUCCAAGGCCUCCAUCAGGUACAUCAGCAAGCCAUCAAUCAGAUGUCAACCUUUCAUCUUCCGCAGCCGCGGCUGCAGCUUCUACCUCAAGUAGCUUAAGUACCAGUGGAAGUAGCCAAUCUUUCAUCGUAACAACAACCACAACAACCGAAUCAUCUAAACCAUCAGAUAGUUAUGUCCACGCUAUAUAUGCACCACCAAUGCCUUCUCGUCCAGUUCAACCUCUAUCAACAUCCUCAGUAACCAAUCCAAGCGUAUUGUUUUCAGAGAGAAAAAAUAUUGGAUGCGGACUCUUCACCCAAUUAACUGUUUUCAAAGCUCUCCUAUUUACUGCAUUGGUUAUCCUUUUACCCCCAUUAACAGUGGCAGCCGCUUUCUCAAGUCUUGCUGGUUGA